ACACACACACACACACACUGUGUUUCUGCCGUGACUGUGUAUCACUUCAGAUGCUCGGGCAGAAUUAAAAAAUGCGCUCCUCCGCCUUGUCACUAGUGUUGCGCGCAUUUUCUUGACGAGCCCGCGUUUCCACAGCAUGGUGCUCGGACUCCGAGGCUCGGCUCCGUCUCCAGGCUCAACCAUUAAACUCUCCCGGACGCCCAAUUAUUAGACAGCGCAAGACGCACCGGCGCCGCGCAGCAGCACCUGCUCCCACCUUCACACAGAAGAUGCAGGAGGUGGGCAGUACCCAGCGAGGCUCUCAGCGGGCGUUCAGCGUCCUUGAUCGCCUGCUGCUCACACAUCCUGUGUGGCUGCAGCUGUCACUCAACCAAGACUCUGCUGUCUACAUCCUGCUCAGAGAGCCCAUUGGGACUUUUUUAGUGCGUAAAUGCAGCUCCAGCCAGAGGAAGGUGCUGUGUUUGAGAGUGACAGCGGACAGAAGUGCCUCCUCCAUUAAGGAGUGCUUCAUCUGUGAGGAGGACUCCACAUUCGCCUUGGAGAGCUCAGCACUCAGCUUCCCUGACUUGUGUCGACUGGUAGCCUUCUACUGCAUCAGCAGGGAUGUGCUGCCUUUCCCGCUACAGCUACCAGAGGCUAUUGCUAACGCUUCGACACACAGGCAGCUGGAGGCCAUCUCGCACAUGGGACAAGACUUCUGGAGUUCACCGAGUGCUUCGGACAUCCAAAACGGUCCGAUGGAGCCAGCUGCAUCGACCAGCAGCAGCCACAGCCAGACAGCUCAGGACCGAUGUUCCCUGCUGACCCGAGGCAAACAAGGCAAACUCUGCUUCAUCAACCCGCUCUUCCUACAGCUGGAGGUUAGCAAGCAGCCACAGCUCGCGAACCACAGUGCCUCCAACAAACGGCACCGCUUCAAGCGCAGCAUGAGGCUCCGGCUCUCUGAAUCCUCCAUGAACCUGUCCCUGGAGGGGGUCGGUUCCUACUCACCUCCCCCGUCAGUGGAGCAACCUGGUGGGUCAGAAAGGUUGCGCAAAGCAGACAUCAACCCGCAGAGGAGAGUUCACCCCGGGGCAGGCGUCCUGAGGAGAACCCCUGCCGUGUCACCUGGGUCUGCAGAGGAAGACGACAUGAUGUCUGUCUAUGUGCCGCAGACGUCUGCCAAGGUGGAGGAGCCUCCAAAGGACCAGCCGUCAGCUCAAGCCGAGGAGCCAGGUAUCGAGGUGGCCGUUCUGGCCCUGGAGCGCCGCCCGGCUCCGUCCUUGGCCGAGCUCGACAGCAGCAGCUCCUUCAGCAGUAUGGACGAGGACAAUGACUCAGAUUCGGAUCCAGAAAGCAUGGCCCAGACCCAAACGCACACCUACCAGCGCCCGCCGCUGGUCCGCUCCCGAGGCCGCGGCGGGCUGCACCGCAUGAGCGAGGCGUUCGUGUGCUUCUUCGCCCCGGACAAGCGGCUCACUCGGCUGGUGGAGGAGCUGUCCAGGGACAGGCGCUCGAUCUUCGGGGGCAUGGUUCAGGACUUCCUCCUGGAGCAGAGGGACGCGCUGAAAUCGCUGACCGCCUCCUCGUCGUCGUCGUCCUCGCCGCGCGUGACCUCCGUGCAGCUUCUGCAGGGUCUGCGCCUGUUCCUGUCCCAGGCUAAGUGCUGCCUGCUGGACAGCGGCGAGCUGGAGCCUCCCAUUGAAACCCUGGUGCCAGAGAACGAGAAAGACCUGGCGUUGGAGCGGGCCAUGUUCUCCUGUGUGCUCAGGCCUCUGAAGUCUCACCUUGAGAAAGCCCUGAUGGCUUUGCACAGUCAGGACGGCUCGAGCCAUCGUCUCAUCCAGAACAUGCUGCACCUGAAAGGGGACGUGGCCAUGGAGCAGCUCGGAGUCAGGACGGGCGUUCCUGACAGCAGAGAGGUGGAGAGGGUGAAGCAGAAGCUGGCACUGAUGCAGCGGACACACUCACCCAUCGACAAGGUGCUGCUGCUGCUGCAAGUGUGCAAGUGUGUCCACAAGGCCAUGGGGUCCUUACAUGGACAAGAAGUGAGCUGGGACGACUUCCUGCCGUCGUUGUCUUACGUUAUUGUGGAAUGCAAUAGACCUCAUAUCCUGAUAGAGGUGGAGUACAUGAUGGAGCUGCUCGAGCCCUCCUGGCUGGGAGGGGAGGGUGGCUACUACCUGACCAGUGUGUAUGCCAGCCUGUGUCUGAUCCAGAGCCUGGAAAGGGAGCAGUCGUUUUCAGGCUUUGUGACACAGGAGGUGCAGGAUGCUCUGAAGGAGUGGAGCUGCAGACGGAGCCGAGAGGCCCAGAGACAAAAAGAGAAUCAGCAGAGCCAAAGGUGCGUUCGGAUACUGUUCCAGGACGGGGAGCGGAGCGCCGUGCGGACGGUGCAGUGGAGAGCCGGGGAGACGAGCCAGGCCCUGGCGCAGCUGUGCGCCUCCACCUUCGGCGUGUCCGACCCGCAGCAAUACACCCUGUACUGGCGCAGCGGCGGCGAGAUGAGGGCCCUGCCCCCCCAGGCCCAGCCCCAAGACCUGGCCAGCCACAGCGAGGGAGGCCCCUCGCUCUCCUACCUGAGGACCGACCACGACUUCAGCAAGAUGCGGCGGCUCACCAGAGGUGGCGCCGUGGACCUGAGCGAGUCGGUGUGUGAGGAGUGAGUGGGAGGCAUGGAGGAAGGAGGUGGAGGAGGAGGAGGAGGGGGAGGAGGAUGGUCGCUCUCGCUGUAUCUCUCUUUCUCUUGUUCUGUCUCUUCCUCUCCGGCGGUGUGUUGUGUCUCGUCGAAACAAAAAAAAAAAACAAAACAAACUACAGCCCUUCUCCAGACGAGGAGCAGACCUUGAACGGUAAACUCUUCCCUAAACGGACCAACGCGCAGAGAGGAGCAGGACCAACACAGGGACUGUUGCCAAAAAAGUUGUACUAUGUACCACUCGGUGUGGCCGCCAGUGUAAAGGAGUGUACUAUUUGUGACAUGGCAAAUGUGUAAUAAGUGGGUAUGGUCGUUAUUCGAAAAACGUGCACCCAGAGUUAUAUCAUGGGGGGAUUACAUCAUUAAAACGUGAGGAGGCUCCGAUCCAAAGACAAAUUCUGUGAGGCUACUGUUGCCUGGAAACAAAAUCACUUCCUGUACGCACAGGAGAAAUUGUCCACCGUUGGUGAUGUAACCCCUUCGCAGUAUAGUUCUGGGCACAAUCUAAAAGACAAUUGGAUGUUUUAUUACUUCACUGUUAUGUGUAGACGUCUGCGGGAUGGAACCAUGCUGUCAGAGGUGGGGACAAAAAAAAAGGGGAGAUGUGUUGAAGCCAAGACCAAACCUCAAUACCAAAGUGACAAAAACACAGAUAAAAAAAAAAAAGAGGCCACUUUGUGAAUCAUCAGGUGUCUACUUUGAAAGAAAUCAGCUUUGAGGGAAGCUUUAAAUCAGCUGUUUAUUUUUGGACUCGCCCACAGAGACAAUUCUAUUUUUGCUUUAUUUUUAUUUUUUCCUUUCAGAAAACGCGCAGACUCUCCUCCUUGCCUGCGUAUUCUAUUAAACGGCCUUGGCAGGUGGAGUAAUGGCUGAGUAGGAGGGUAGUGAUAGAUCUCCGUUUUUAAAACCGAGCACGAACAAGAAAAACGAGAAAAAAAUAAAAGCACAUCGCAUCACAGAGACGACCUGCAACGCAUUUACUUAAUGACUUGCGAAUGUAUUCAAAUCUUUAUUUUUUUUUUUUCCCAGUGUCAAGAGUUGAAUCCUUUCAGAGCUGCAUUCAUUUCACGUUUCUCGCUUUUUUGAGUUUCUGCUGUCUCUCUCGGGCCGAACCGUAAGGCGACCCCGAGCGGGCCCGAGAGGGCGGCCCGACUAAUAAACCAGGACCUCACGGUGGCUGGUCGAAUGUAAAAUGUACAAAGGUCGCCGGCUACUGGUGACCCCCUGCUGCAAGUCAUCACUAUCAACUGACUGUUCAACUCAGUGUCAUUCUCAAUGAUCAUAUUGUGUAUUUAAAACUAACUUUUAAUCGUUCAAUUUGUUGGGUAGAUAUAAAACCUGGGUAUGGAGCAGGCUGAGGAGGUUCGGUUGGAGGACUACGAGGUGUUACUGCAUGCUUUUUCAUUUAAUGUGAAGGUUCUGCGAAUGUGGUGUGUGUGUGCGUGAAGCAUGUGUUCAUUGUGAGAGCUCACUAUUUCUUUUCAGUGUACAAACACAUUACUGUACUUUGUCAGGUAACUCAGUAUCGCAAUAAAAAAUUGCAAUAUCUGUUCA